AGACACUGUUCUGUUACCAUCUCCAGCUUCCUCUCCUUGUCUAUAGCCCACACCUCCCUCCCCAUUCCGCCCGAUAUUCUCUCUCCCUCCCUUCUCCGGUGAAAUUUCCUCUCGUGCUUCUGUAUCCGCCGGAGACGAGUCAGUUACCGAUCGUCUCAGUAUGAGCACCGGCGGCCUUCUCAGUAUCGAACCUCAAGAUCUGCAGUUCCCAUUUGAAUUGAAGAAGCAGAUCUCCAGUUCGCUGCAGCUAUCGAACAAGACCGACAGCUAUGUGGCUUUCAAGGUCAAGACAACGAAUCCCAAGAAGUACUGUGUGAGGCCUAAUACUGGGAUUGUGCCGCCUCGGUCUGCUUGUGAUGUUAUAGUUACAAUGCAAGCACAAAGGGAGAUGCCUCUUGAAUUGCAGUGCAAGGACAAGUUCCUAUUACAGAGUGUUGUGGCAAGUCCUGGGGCAACAGCAAAGGAUGUAUCUGCAGAGAUGUUCAAUAAGGAGGCAGGGCAUCUUGUGGAAGAGAGCAAGUUGAGGGUUGUAUAUGUUGCUCCUCCGGGACCACCAUCCCCAGUUCAUGAAGGGUCCGAGGAAGGUGAAGAGCCUAGGGUGUCUCUGUCUGACAGCGGAAGUGUGCAAAUGCCCGAGCAAUCAAUGGUUUCUAGAACCGAGUUUGCUCAGAGACUUGAGCCUCGGGAUAACUCCUCAGAGGGAAAUGCUCGUAUCUCCAAGCUAACCAAUGAGAAAGAUUCUCUUACCAAGGAAAAUAGGCAGCUAAUGAGAGAACUGGAGCUACUGAGGCAACAAACUAGCAGAAAUCGUGGAGGCAUCCCAGUUACAUAUGUGAUUCUUGUAGCCCUUGUAGGCCUAAUUUUGGGGUAUGUGUUGAAAAGGGCAUGAGUUGGAGAGAUCCCUGGCAAAUAUUCCUCUUUGAUCCUCUUGCUGGAAGAAAAAAGAAAACAGUCAAGAGUGGUAGCAUUUCAAACAUGCAUCAGAUGGGUUGAACUGUUUUGUGCUGACCAGGAGGAGGAGGAGGAUGACUAUGUAAAUGUGUGACUGGGCAUCGGAAAACGCACAGCCAAGUCACUGGCUAAACAUGGUCCUGCAAAGUCUCCAAGUUGCAAGCAAAGCCACCCAGCCAGCACUGAGCAUCUUCCCUGUGUGCAAGUUUCCUCCUAAAUGAGUAGCCAAAGAACCAAUGGUCCCUUGUCCCACUACCGGUUGAGCAGAAAUACCAAGAAGCAGACGCAUGGCUGUCCAAACUGAAACGUAAAGGUAAUGUACAUAUUUAUGGCGACCAUGAACUGGAGCCGCAAGCCGUGAACAUCAAGACGUCCAGGGACAUUUUUGCUUUCACUGGACUCAAGCCAGUUCACAGUCGUAAGACCGCGAACCCAAGCUGCAGACAGUGAAAUGGAUUAUUGAGACGACGCGUUUUGGCCUGAGAUCACGGUCCACGCCUUGAGUUCACGGUCAUGAACUGGGACCGUGAUGUGAGCUCGACCUGGGUAUAAAAGAGGGUUUGAGCUGAAGGAGAAAAGGGGGGAGACCUAGUGUGAUAAACUUCUUCUUCUUCUUCUUCUUCAUCAUCUUCUUCUUCUUCUUCUU